AUGGACCCCGAAACCUCCUCAUUCAAGUCACCUAUCCGUCAGCUUACGGACAACAACUACUCUGAAUGGCUUAUCGAUAUCAAGGCCCUUCUUAGAGGUAAAAAGCUCUGGAACUACACUCAAGAGGCCCCGGAUUCCGAUAAAUCAGUCACGGCCCAAGCCAAAUGGCGUAAUUCAGCAAUGGAGGCUGCAGACCUCAUUACCCCUACCAUAAGUGGCCCCGUCAAACAGAAACUUCAGGCUAACGCUUUUGACGAUGGCUACCUUAUGAUGAACUCUUUGGCCAAUAUCUAUGCCCCGAAAGGGGACGCCGAAUUCAUGCGAUUGACCCGGGAGUACUACUCGCUCCGGUACGAAGAUUUCGACUCCAUGACUCACUAUCUUACCCACAUCAAGACGCUGGAGGAACGUAUUCGAGGGACCAAUGUGGUUCUUGACGAUGAUAAACAGACUCUUCUCUGUCUCGGCAUGACUCUCCCAGAAGGAUUUCAGUAUUUCACCAAAAUUUGGGCUAUGACGCCGGGGAUGACUGCCGAUAAAGCGAGGAAUAUGCUGCUAGAGGAGGAGAGACGUCAAAAGACCCUGGAUAUAGGCACUGUGGGCACUGGGGGAGUAGGGCUAGUUGCAAUAACCAGGCAUCCGAGUAAGAGGACUCCUAGCGGAAAGGCUAUCGUCAACGAUGUGGUAUGUCCUCGCUGUGGGAAGGGUCACGAAGCGGAUAUUUGUUGGAAGUUGCACCCGGAAUUGGCCCCGGAAUGGCUGCAAGAAAGGUGGACCAUUGAGAAGAGAUCUCGGAAGCGGAAAUGGGAUGAGUUACAGCAGCAGGAUCAAGAGGCACCAGGUGAAGAAGGAGCGUUUAUUAACUUGUGA